UAUCAGAAGCCCCCUAUGAGGAGUCUCAGCCAGAGUCAGGGGGACCCUCUGCAACCAGCACACACAGGCACAUAUCGCACUAGUACAGCCCCAUCUUCCCCUGGUGUCGACUCCGUACCCUUACAGCGCACAGGCAGUCAACACGGCACACAGAAUGCAACAGCGACCUUCCAGAGGGCCAGCUAUGCGGCCGGCCCAGCCUCCAAUUACGCAGACCCCUACCGACAGCUGCAGUAUUGUCCUUCUGUUGAAUCACCAUACAGCAAAUCUGGGCCAGCCAUCCCACCUGAAGGGACCUUGGCUAGGUCACCUUCCAUUGAUAGCAUUCAGAAAGAUCCCAGAGAGUUUGGAUGGCGAGAUCCAGAGCUUCCAGAAGUUAUACAGAUGUUACAGCAUCAGUUUCCCUCAGUACAGUCCAAUGCUGCAGCCUACUUACAACACCUCUGUUUCGGAGACAAUAAAAUAAAAGCAGAGAUAAGAAGACAAGGCGGAAUACAAUUACUGGUGGACCUAUUGGACCAUCGGAUGACAGAAGUCCACCGUAGUGCCUGUGGAGCUUUGAGAAACUUGGUAUAUGGGAAGGCAAAUGAUGACAACAAAAUUGCUCUGAAAAACUGUGGUGGUAUCCCAGCAUUAGUACGGUUACUCCGCAAGACUACAGAUUUGGAAAUCAGAGAACUGGUCACAGGAGUUCUCUGGAAUCUAUCCUCCUGUGAUGCACUGAAAAUGCCAAUCAUCCAGGAUGCCCUCGCAGUGUUGACCAAUGCAGUGAUCAUCCCUCACUCUGGAUGGGAAAACUCUCCGCUCCAGGAUGAUCAUAAAAUACAACUCCAUUCGUCACAGGUGCUGCGCAAUGCCACUGGGUGCCUAAGGAAUGUCAGCUCUGCUGGAGAAGAGGCCCGCAGAAGAAUGAGGGAGUGUGAUGGCCUGACAGACGCAUUGCUGUACGUGAUCCAGUCUGCUCUGGGGAGCAGUGAAAUUGAUAGUAAGACCGUUGAAAACUGUGUGUGCAUUUUGAGGAACCUCUCAUACAGGCUAGCUGCAGAAACAUCUCAGGGACAGCAGAUGGGAACAGAUGAACUUGAUGGAUUACUCUGUGGUGAUGCCAAUGGAAAAGACGCAGAGAGUUCAGGGUGCUGGGGGAAGAAGAAGAAGAAAAAGAAAUCACAAGAUCAGUGGGAUGGCGUAGGACCUCUCCCAGACUGUGCAGAACCACCCAAAGGAAUCCAGAUGCUGUGGCACCCUUCAAUAGUCAAACCCUACCUCACACUUCUUUCUGAGUGCUCAAAUCCAGACACGCUGGAGGGGGCAGCAGGGGCACUGCAGAACUUGGCUGCUGGGAGUUGGAAGUGGUCAGUGUAUAUCCGUGCUGCUGUCCGCAAAGAAAAAGGAUUGCCAAUCCUGGUGGAACUUCUUCGAAUAGACAAUGACCGGGUGGUAUGUGCAGUUGCUACAGCUUUACGAAACAUGGCCUUAGAUGUCAGAAAUAAGGAGUUAAUAGGCAAGUAUGCCAUGAGGGAUCUGGUCCACCGACUGCCAGGCGCUAACAACAGCAACAGCUCAGCAAGCAAGGCCAUGUCUGAUGACACCGUUACUGCCAUUUGCUGCACUCUGCAUGAAGUCAUCACUAAAAACAUGGAGAAUGCCAAGGCCUUACGAGACGCAGGCGGCAUUGAGAAACUGGUUGGCAUAUCUAAGAGUAAAGGAGACAAGCAUUCGCCAAAAGUGGUGAAAGCAGCAUCUCAGGUCCUCAAUAGUAUGUGGCAGUACAGAGACCUGAGAAGUCUCUACAAGAAGGACGGAUGGUCGCAGUAUCACUUUGUAGCCUCAUCUUCAACAAUAGAAAGGGAUCGGCAAAGACCGUACUCUUCAUCACGCACGCCCUCCAUCUCUCCUGUGCGCAUGUCUCCUAACAACCGCUCAGCAAGUGCCCCAGCCUCACCUCGGGAAAUGAUCAGCCUAAAAGAAAGAAAAACAGACUAUGAAUCAACUGGAACAAACGCCACUUACCAUGGAAAUAAGGGAGAACACACUUCUAGGAAAGACACCAUGACAGCUCAGAACACUGGAAUCUCAACUUUGUACAGGAAUUCGUAUGGUGCACCUGCUGAAGAUAUCAAACACAACCAGGUUUCAACACAGCCAGUUCCACAGGAGCCCAGCAGAAAAGAUUAUGAAUCAUAUCAGCCGUUUCAGAAUUCAACAAGAAACUAUGAUGAGUCCUUCUUUGAGGACCAAGUGCAUCAUCGUCCACCUGCAAGCGAAUACAACAUGCACCUGGGACUAAAGUCAACUGGCAACUACGUCGACUUCUAUUCAGCUGCUCGUCCCUAUAGCGAACUUAACUAUGAAACAAGCCACUAUCCAGCCUCUCCCGACUCCUGGGUUUGA